CACGUAGGCGUUUCAGGGAAUUCGGCCGCGCAGGGAAGAAAGAGAGGUGCAAAUAAUGUAGUUGGGGCAGGGAAGCAACUCUUCAGGUAGGAGUUCUCAAGGGGGAUAACCGGACUUUUUAAGGCGUAGGUUUGAUAGAGGUAGCUUGCGAAGGAGAAACUAAAAGAAAGAAGAAAAAAGUAGGGAAAAGAAUUUGUUCGGUUCGUUUCGAUGGGGGUUUAGAAAAAAAUUCAACCACAACAACACUGGAAUUCUAGAAGUGUUUUUUUUUCCUGUUUUGAAUUCAGAAAUUCGGACACGAGUAGGAUUGAGUUCUUUAAAUGAAUAACUAGGAAAUAUUUUUUUUCGUUUUGUGAUUACAAAAACAAGAUAAGACCUACAUGGCAGAACUAUUUUGUUCUAUUGAUAAACUGGAGAAAACAAUAGAAGAACAUACGCAACAAUUGUAAGCAGAUUUUCGAUUUGUAAAACAUCUUUCGAGAGGAAUCAGGUCUAAUUCAGUGAUCGAUAUCCCGAUUUUUCGACGCAAAGGACGGGGAUUCGAUUAUCUGAUCAAUACAUUAAAGGUCAGGUGACGAGGGGCGGUACCUCUGAGAGUGACACACGGAAGGGAAGAAUUUACAUGACGUCAUGCGCUAGCAACCUGUGCUCACCUACACAUUCACGUGUACGGAGAGUCGAUCAGGAGAUUCAUUCAAAUACUCAAGACUUUCCACCCAGGAGCAAUUCAAGCAAACGUACUGGAUUCUUCUAACUGUGUGCUCUCACAAGAUCUCCUUCCUACAACACUAUAGAGCUUACAAUUCAUGCUUGUGUACAAGACAGUCUUACAAGCGAUGCUUGGAAUGUAUUCAAGAGUUUCUGAAAAUGAAUUUGGACAUCAGAAACAGCCAACAGAUAGUUAGAGUUUGGUAGGAAAUUAAUUUGAGCAGAAGUUGGAUCAAAUCUUGUGAUAGACAUGAAGCUCAGAGAUUUAGUAGCGAACUCCUUGCCCAGGGUACGAGGCAGAAAGAAGAAGACAACACCCGCUCCAGGAAAUGGCGCGGCGGUUACUUCCGGUAGUAACGGAGUUAUCGCAGGCCCGGAACCGACAAGGAACAGCACCGGCCUCGACAAGAACGCCAACCAUUUUGCGUCACGGGGCGAAUCUCGUGACCGGAUGUUGGAGGCUCAAGGCAUCUCCGAGGCCAGCUGGCGUGGCAAUGCCUUGUACCGUGGGCUAGAGGUCAAGGCUGUUGAAAGCACCCGGAUGCUGGCAUCAACGUACACAUCUUCGCAAGGGGUGGUAACGUCCCGAAGCGCCGAAGGUUUUUCGUCUCAGCUGAUGUUGAUGUCCCGGAGUUACGAUUCCCGAAUGGCCGUUUCCGAUUUCAACGGUUCCUGUUCUCAGAUGUCGUCCAUCUCCGAGUCAGGGGUCGAGCCGUACCACCUGACCCAAGAACAGCAUUACCAUUGUCACUACCAUCGCCACAACCACCACCAUCACCAUCACCAUCACGUCCACAGCAAGCCGAUGUCUCCGCUGGUGCAGAACCAGCAGGAGAUGGGGCCCAACGCAUGUGGGAUCGUCUAUCUCCCAAACUACAAGCCAGAAGGUAUUGUCAAACCGGAACCCGGAUUUUUUAGAAAAUCUUUCGCCUCCUUUAAAGGGAUGAGAAAACACGGCUACCGAUCAACAAAGGACGCUGCCGAUAAACCAGUUAGUACCGAAAACAUUCGCUGUUCUGUUUGCCCGUACCCCGAAGCUAGCGUCUCUUCAACAGACAGGAAACAAUCGGACAAAAGACCGGUCAAACCGAAAAGGAAAGGGCUGAAAGGGUUUUCCCGUUCUAAAGAAAACAAAGACGUUAUUUCGGGUGAUAAAUGUGACAAAACGUGGUACUCCGAUAACGACGCUCAGAAUAUCGUAAGCCCGGUUGUUCCGAGAUACGACGCCAAGGGAUCUAUAACCACGGGCUACGAGAGAUCCCGAGUUCGAGAAUGUUCCGUGGAGAGCUGCUCCUCUCGCUUGUAUGGAGGAUCCCGCGAAGGCUCGUGCGGUAGAGAGGUCGACCUCACCGGGUUUGAUUCUGCGUCUCUCUCGGGAUACGAAUCGGAUCUCCCCAGAAACAAAGUUCACCGGUCCAGGUCAAGAAUUAAAACCAACCCCUGGCUGCCCUCCCCUCAGCCGUCAUUAUCCGGUGGAAGACGCAGCGAACAACAUCCGGAAUUACGAGAAUCCAGCGAAGACAUCGCCUACAUUGACGAACUUGCAUCGCGAUUUCCUCGUUCUGCUUCGUUUGAGUACCAAAGAACAGGCUCCGCUGGUUUAAAAACCUGGAAAGAAUCAUCUACCAUUAACCAAGUUAAUAUCCAACGCCAUAGGUCAUUGACCCCAAACGAUAUUAAAACGACCUUCAGCUUAAACAGGUCAUCUAAUUCUCCAGCCGCGCUCCGAGCUUCCUCCUGGUGGUGCCAAGAUAAAAUAGCGUUAAAUGAAUUUCAACCUAAAGGAUCCACCCCCACAACACCUUUAAACGAUUUAAACACGACAGCUCCUAAACAAAGACCCACGUCGAUAGUAUCCCCUAAUUCCGAAUUCGUGAUAAUUGCCGAUAACAUUGAACAGCUGGCCAAUAACAUUAGCUUUGAGUACGAGGACAUGUUGGAUUCUACUUUAGAAAGUGUUUCCGUAUCACAAGAGGAUGGUCAAGCUUCAAUACAAGAACUACUAACAGAUGAAGAAAACGGAAGUAUUGCUAGAAAAACAACGACUGGGUUUUUGAAAUCGGAGAUGCAGGUUCAAAACGCGUACAGUCCUGAUUCUGGAAUCGGUGGGUUAGGAUCCAGUGAUGGAGAUGAGACAUUGACCCCUGGUGGACAGCCAGAUUCCAAAACAGAAGCCAUGGAUUGCUUAUCCAUGCCGAAAUCCCAGAAAAAUUUAAGUAUGGGAUACGAAGAUCAACAAGUUCUUUGCGUGGAUUUGUCUAAAAAGCCAACCAAAAACUCGUCAACAAAAUUGGUUUCGGCUAAACAAGUAAACAAAUCACAGAAAAGCAAAUCACCUUUUUAUAAGAUUUCUUUCAACCCGUUCACCUCCAAAAAUCACUCAAGCGGCCACAAAAAUAAAAAGAACUCAUUCGAAGAAGACAGCUCCGCUAAUGUGUCUGAAUCGGAUGUGGAUAACACGUCUUACACCGAACACGACCAUUCAAUUUACAGUUUAGCUUCUACUAAAAAAAUCGGAUCUCCCCUUCCAAAGUGUAAAAUCGAUACUCAAAGCUCAAAAAACGAUAAAGCCCCAUCCUUAAUGGUCAAUGAACGCUUGGACACUCCUUUUCAACCUUCGCAUCGAUACUUCCACGGAUCUGGUAUCGUAAUGGGUUCUCGGGUAUCGAUGCACGAACACGCAUCUAAAAUAAAACAAACUGCAUCUCUUAGUAACCCAGGAUAUAGAUAUUCAGACCCAACAGAUACAUCAGCCAAAAGAAUUACAAGACCUUGCAUCUUAAAGACGACAGAAUCUUCAAGCAAAGCUUGUAAGAAUCUCAACGAUAUUGAAAAACCAAUAUCUGCAAACGAUAGCUUAAAACCGAGGGAGGAGUUCGAUUUUCCAAGAAAUAUCCCCGCGAUUGAGUGCGUGGAAUCGCCAACAGAGAAUUGGCAGUGUGACGGGAACUUCUCCAUGUGUAGCAGUCAGGAUACUGUGAUAUUCGAGCAGAGAAGUUCCACGUUAGACAGAAACGAUACCGGUGCAUGCGUCAAGCAUGAAAAUAACACCCCAGAACUGUUGCUAGGAAACGAAGAACUCUUUGUUAAACUCGACGACGCCGACUCCGUGAGCAUAUCUCAGAGCACGGUGGAAAUGACGUCAGAGAAUACAAGUCUCAUGGACUGUAACGUGGAGAAGCUGGACAACGAGAUCAACGAUGCAAGUUUUGAAAUGAACGACGCGUGCGUGCAGACGGAGUUUGAUGAGGAGUUCUCGAGGUGGGAUGAGGUGGACAGUCUGGCCAGCUACGAGGAUAAUGCCAUUGAUCCUGCAGAAUCCACAAGAAUUUGGUUACUCACUGGCAACAUGCAAGGUUCCGCAGACACAGGAUACUCCAGCCUAACUCGAGACAGUCAAAUCCUCAUGGAUGAAGACACGCUUUUCCUAGCAGGAGAGCUGGAAGAAAAAGCCGCGUCAGAAAGACUUUCAUAUGUCGAAGGUUCGAACCGCUCUAGCUCCAGUGAAAAAACGCCAAGAAACUCUAAAAACUUUGAUUCAAAUUUCAAACCAACUUUAUAUCCCGAAAAUCCUACUGGUAUUAAUUCUUAUUCCCGAGGCAACAUUUUAGAGCCUUCAAACUCACUUCAAGAAAACAAAAUCCUUAGAUCAAUACCACAAGCGAAAGUUAACCAGUUGUUUUCAAAUAUAGAGUUACAAUUUCAAGAGAUCUUUCAGCAGAUUUACGAUCAGAAACCUGUACAACCCGCUGCUGAAGCGAAACGAAACCCAUCCAGUAGUUCAGACUCAACACUAACUUCUAGUGGGUCCGAUGGGACUGUUUGCGACUUGAACCCGCUGGAAGAAUCACAGACAGGCAAGAAAACACUGAAAGACGCUGAAACUGGAGAAAAUAAAAACACGAAAUCUUUAGAGAAAUCUUUACAAGACAAUUCAUGCCAGGGUAAAUUUGUACACCACGAUUACGUUAAUGUACCUGCUAUUCCGAACAAUGAACAGUUGAAGAAAUGUUCUAAUUCACACAGUCAAGAACAAUCAGCUGUAGAUAAGUUGAUGACAAAUGGAGUGGAGAGAAAGAUGAGUUCCGGCCACGCAAACGCCCCAAGUAAAUCUACAGGAGCUUUUACAAACAGUGUAGAUAAAGCGGAUUACCUUGAGUUCUUGAAAGACGCACCUCUCAGACGUUCGCAUUUAAAACGACCGCUGUUCCUAGUUCCUGGCGUGGGACCUGUUGAUAUGUCAAGCACAGAGCAGAUCAACAUGUGCUUUGACGUGAACACGCCCAUAACCACAACACCCACGGCGACAAAACACGGCUCAUCCACAUCAUCCCCGUCUCUCUCGCCCUCAACCACUCACUCAGGUAAAAAACAAAAAUGUAAAAAACCUAGUCAUAAAGUUCCGGAAGAAUCCCUUUCGCAGUCAGAUAAAGCUCACGACGAUACGACUGUGGUUACUUGUUAUGGUUUCUUAGACCUACCUAAAGAUAUUCCACAAGCUGAAGUAGGGAAGAACUCACUCAAUGAUAACGUGAGUACCCUACCUCGAGUAAGUCACUCUUGUCUCAACAAACACGAUCGUUCAAGUUUAUCAAAUUUAAAACCUAAAUCACCUUCAUUAAGAUCUUCUCCCCCAUCUUGCACUUUGACGCCUAAUCAGAUCGACAGAGCACCAAUAGCACCCGACGAAAUCGCUGAACUCGACGACUCGACGCGAACUCUCGCCGCAAGGGUAAUCUCGUUACGUCGCGAGAAGGACAAGGUUUACCGGAAGAUCCAGGAGGCUCAGCAGGACGAACUAACUCGCAAGCAGGAGAAGAUGCAACUACAGCGGGACUUUGAGAACCACAGGAAGGAAGCGCUGCUGGGGACAUUGCAUGAGCUGAGAGACAAGCUUCAGGAGCAGAGCAAGAAGCUUGGCCAGCAAGGGAAUCUUCAUAAGACGUGAUGCUUUUUUCGUCACAUGAUCGAUCACAUGACAUUAAUCAUUCAUCUUAUGAAUGAAAGAUCGUGAUGUGAAAUAGACAAUAAUGUGCUAGUUAAAGAUAAACAUGUAAACAUGUCGAGAUUGCUCCAAUGUUGAAUCUGGAAAAAAUUUUAAGCGUGUGUAAAGAAAGAACGUGUUAUGUUUUACAUAUUCACCUAUGCGUUUUGUUAUGUGCGUGUAUUUCAAAUUACUUUAAAUAUGAAUUUUAUAAUUUAUUCUAAUACUCGAAAUGUUGAUUCCUGCUCAGCCCUGUCUACGAUAGUGAUACUAUUUUAAAAAAAAAACAUUUUGUGUGUUUUAUCUCUGUUAUCUUCCUUGUCACUCCGUAAUUAGCUUUAUCUUACUUGACUAGAAGUAUAUAGACAAUCACAUGUUAUUGAUAUUUGCUGAUACUGUGCUGGUUAUACAAACCGAAAAUAGUAUUUGUAUUAGUAUGUACAUAAAAAUGUAGUUGUCGAUGAUAUUUAGAGUAAAAAAAGCAUUUUAGAGCUCUCGUUGAGAUAUUUAAACAUACUAAAUAUAGUAUGUCCAAUUUAAAUUACAUUUUUUUCCACAGAAAUUUAAUGUGGGAA